GUCCGUCUUGAAAUAAUGGGAAUAUUGGGGUGAAAAAACGCCCUGUUAAUUUCAUUUUUUGAAAAAUUGGUAGCUUAAAGUUUCAGAGGAAAGCGAUCUCUCCACCGUCGACGAGAGAGAAUUUAUCAGAGGCUGAGAGGGAUGACAGCAAUCUCAAGAACCAGAUCGUUGCGUUCGCCUUUCUUAUUAUUGUUAUUUUUCUCUUCAAUUUCUCUGCAAUUCAUUUCAGGAAUUUCUGGUGACCCAUCUAGUUCCAAAAAUGGCACAAAGGCCGGUGCCCAUGCUUCUACUGGUAGCAACACCAGGAGCAAGAUUCUUAUCAUACUUCUUGUGGUUGUGGCAUUAGGGUUGUUUUCAUUUUUCCUUUUCAAAUUUUGGCAAAAGAAGAAAAGAGAAGAGCAGUACGCUCGUCUUUUGAAGUUGUUUGAAGAGGAUGAUGAGCUUGAGGUUGAACUUGGGCUGCGGGAUUGAUGCUUUAAUUGUUGAAAAUUACAUUCAUUGUAGUUGAGGCUAAAAUGGAAUUAUUACAAGGAAAACUUCUUCCUCUGAGGGCCACGAUUGGGAUGUGGGGAUGCCCUGCGUUGAGGUUAGAUUUUUUCAAUUAUAUAUUGUAAUAUCUGUAAUCACUUGUCCAGAUUAGAACUUGUAAUGAAUAUGAAUUCUUUUGAGUAUUUAGAGAAGGGAAGGAUACUAUUUUGUAAAAGAUGUAAGGAGGGUCUCAUUUUCAGGUUGUAAAAAUGAAUUCUUCGUUCUGAUAGACACUGAAGUUGUGUAACAAUCAAGAGUUCUGACCGAGGAUUCUUGAAUAGCAAUAAGCUUCUUAUUAUUGGGAAGAACAAGAUAAAUGCAAUUCUCAUUCUCUUGAGUUUUGGAGGUCAAGUUCAUGAUUUUGGCAUCUGCUGUAUUUGAAGCAAUAUUUUCUACUACAAAGUGUGUUUGUGGGCACACUCUUCAUCUUUUCCUUGUUUUUACAUUGUUCUCUCAAUUUCUUUUUAGCCUUUUUUUUCAUUGUAGAAAAACCCAUGAAUUGUUGUUAGAAUAUGCGUGGUUGAGAAUUGGAUCCCAGUUAUUAUGUAGAAUUUACUGUGGAUUUGUUUGUUUUGUUA